AUGCCACGAGUCACAAACCUUCAGGCCCCUGUUCAGCAUCGGAAGCAGCCUGAGGCUGCUUACUCGAGGGGCUUAGGGUUCAGAGAGGCAGAUGAGUUGGGAAAGGCCGUCAACCUCCUUAUCAGUCGAGCAGCGAGGGUCGUCACAUGCUUGGUCGACUCGCUUAUCGCGCUGCUGGUCAUCGUGCUUCACCUCGGUGGCGCAAGGGUCGACAGUGACAAUCCAAUCACAUUAGGCGACCUCAUCUCCCUUCCUGUGGGCCUGCUGUAUGCCGUGCUUGGCAUUAUUGGUGAGCCUGAGUGAAGGAGGGCCGGGAGACUAGCCGGGCUAGCAUCUGUACCUGUACGCACAUCUGUACGCACACACACACACACACACACACACACACGCGUGUGUAUAUGUGGAUUCAAAUUCGAAUACGUACACACAGGGAUGUGUGUGAACUAUUGCUUGUGUAACAAACAGGUGGGCCGUGGACGUGGAUGUGCAUGGUCAAGACUUUGUUGGAGCCUGGCGUGAUAGAUGGGCUGGUGUGCGUGUUUGAGACGCUGGUGCCAGCAGUGCCGUGUGAUCCGCCGAAUUGGUGCCGUCAAUACUUUGGUGACUUCAUCACGCGGCUGCUGUUUCGAGAGAGCAGCAUGACGAAACCCGUCCCGGCGGAAAAUGAUCGGUAAGACACCGAGAGACAGACGAGACAGACGAGAGAAGACGGACAGACAUUGGGGGAAGGCAGCAAGUAGCUCAUCAUCGCCUCUUCGUUGGACUGUCUGUCUGUGAAGUCAUCCGGAUGAAGCGUGGAUAUACGUCAACGGAGUGGGGACUGGAAUGCCCAUCGCUGUGGAGAAUGCCAAGCGGCUCGUAGAGUUGUUUGGACGCUCUAUCACUGUUGUUCACAAUCCUACUGACUCCUUCAUCGUGGACCUCCUGGAAUGCGUCGCAGGGAAGCUCAAGCUGAUGUGGUGAGAGGGAAGAGGGGAAGCGGAGGAUAGGGUGGAUGAAAUCUUUGGACGGGUAUUAUUGGUUGUGUGCACUGCUGGUGUGUGCGGAUGUGUUUGUAAGGUGGUGGAAGGUGGAGCCGGUAGGGGUUGUUUUGAGGACGGUGGAACAGGCAUUUGACCAAGGCAAGACGAAGGUGGUCCUCAUUGGGCACUCUCAGGGCACCAUCAUAGUCAACAACGUCCUGGAUCGAAUCGCACGCAAGCACAUCAACUCUCCACCCGACUUGAAAGCACAGAAGAAGCUCGAAGUAAGAACAAGGCAAGGAAGGGGAGAGGGCCCGAUUCUCUCACCAUCAUGCCGUAUUCAUGUGCUGUUAAGGUCUACUUGUUCGCCGACUGCGCCCAUCACAUCGACACUGCCUCUUUGGAGCAGCACAGUAUCUGCGUCGAGAGCCUCUGCAACAGCUACGACACAGUGGCGCUGCUGGGAGGUACCUAUCCCAGGCCUGAGACGUGGCGAGACGUCACGGAAGAGCAGCGCGUCGUCAACAAACGUGUGAGGGUGGUAGUGCAGGAUGGGAAGGGGGGACAUUUGCUGAACACGCACUAUCUGGAAAACUUUGCGAACGAAUACAAAGGGUCGCACUUGCACCAGUAUCUGGUGAAUCCGUAG